CAAAACUUAAGUUAAAAAUCACUUGUGACAGCGAUAAAUAAGCAUAAUUUUAACUUACAACUCCAGCCAUCAAGUUGAAGUGAAGAGAAAAAACAACAUCAUGCAGAGCUCAUAAAUAAAUCUCAGCAGAUACCGCAACAACAACAAUAGAAAUCGGGUAUAAACAAACGUGUGCAAAUCCAUAAAAAGCAACAAGAACAAUAACAAUUGUAAAUUGGGCUACCGAAAGCAAAAGCAAUGGAAAUUAAAGAAAUAAAAUCAAUGACAAGAUAAUUAAUUAAAGGUUGUUUAUUGCUUAAAUGCAAAAUUUUGAUGCUGAUGCUGAUAGACUAACGAUGUAUUGUUGUUGUCCUGGCGGUGGGGGUAUUUAUUUGGUGGUUGCGCCAUCUGCUUUAUGUAUGAAAUGUACACAGAUAUGUACAUGGAAAUUAAAAUAAUAAUCAAAAUUGAAAACUCAAGUGUAUCAAUUGACGGGUCAACUACUUAAUUGAAAUUCAAAUAUUGCCAGUUGCCUCUGUCUCCGUCCAAAACUGCAGUCAAUGCAAAAUGAAUGUUCAUGUUUAGUCAAGUGAAAUAACCAACUAGCGAAGCAAAAACCAAAGGAGACAAACCAAAUAGAAACUGUGAAAAAAGAAAAGCAAAAGACGAAAAUCAAAACGAAUCGAACGUCAUCUUUUGUCAAACAUAUUCUCCAAUAAGAAGAAGAAGCGAAGAGGAACGACAACAACAAAAACAGCGGUGCUGCUUUGUUGCUGUAGCGGCAGCAGCCAGCGAGACGCUGGCAACAAAUUGCGAUGCCUGGACUCGUGGUCUUCAGACGUCGUUGGUCUGUCGGCUCUGAUGAUCUAGUGGUGCCAGGCGCAUUUCUCUUGGCGCUACAUUUUAUAUGUUUUGUGCUUGUCGCCGUCUCGUUAGUCUUAUUUGAGUACAACACAAAUGUUUUAAGUGUAAAACUAUUGUUUUAUCAUCUAAUAGGAUACUUAUUAAUACUAUUUUUUUCAAUAUGUGUAGAAAUAGGCAUUUGUGUGAUCUCGAUGCGCGGGAGCAUUUUAGAUUCCGAGGCCCGCACAUCGAUCAAUAUAUGGAUAUAUCUCAAGAGCUUGGUUAUAUUAUUCGAUAUUGCUUGGCUGAUAAUGGGCUCAAUUUGGCUCUCGCAUUAUUAUAUCGAAGCGCCCAUCGACGAGGCCAAAAAGAUCUUCAUUGCCAUCAUUAUAUGCAAUUGGACGCUGUUGUUUAUCACACUGAUAACCAUCUGGUGCACAUUCGAUGCAGCCGGUCGUUCCUGGGUCAAGAUGAAGAAAUAUCAGCGAUCUAUGCGUGAGACUGAGUCGCGGUUCAACUAUAAGCGAAGCAACAGCAUGAAUCGCAAUUGGAGGCAACGGAAGGUAAUGCGAGCAUAUCAGGACAGUUGGGAUCAUCGCUGUCGUUUACUUUUCUGUUGCAUGGGCUCAUCGGAGCGGAAUAGAAAUUCCUUUACGGAUAUUGCACGUCUGCUUAGCGACUUUUUUCGUGAAUUGGACGUGGUGCCAUCGGAUGUGGUCGCCGGUUUAGUGCUAUUGCGCAAAUUCCAGCGCCUGGAGCGUGAGGCCAUUGUCAGACAGCGCAAGAAUGGCACCUAUGAGUUCCUCAGCGGCGUGCCCAUUACGGAGCGCACACAGUUCCUAGCACUCAACGAUGCCAAAAACUAUGAUUUCUUUCAGACUGUCAUACAUUACAUGUACUUUGCCCAAGGCGCCUACGGUUGGCCCAUGUAUGUCAUCAUCAAUCGCAGCAAAAUGUGGCAUCUCCUACCCGAGCUCAAAUGCUUCGGCUGCUGUUGCGGCAGCGGAGACGAUGGUGAGGUGAUCCAGGACAAUUGUUGCUACUGCAACUAUGCGGCGCUGAAGAAGACGCUGCAACUGGGCGACAUUGAUAUUGUUUAUGCCACCUACCAUGUGGAUGUGGGUGAGACGCCCUUCUUUGUGGCCGUCGACUAUACGCAAAAGAAGAUUGUGAUCAGCAUACGGGGGACGCUGAGCAUGAAGGAUAUUCUAACCGAUCUGAAUGCGGAGGGUGAAGUGUUGCCACUGCAGCCGCCACGUGACGAUUGGUUGGGCCACAAGGGCAUGGUGCAGGCAGCCAUUUAUAUACGCAACAAGCUGCAACAGGAGAAUCUCAUUGAGCGGGCGUUGCAACGAAAUGCGGAUCGUUUGACGCACACAUUUGAUCUGGUCCUGGUCGGACAUUCACUCGGUGCGGGAACUGCGGCGAUACUGGCGAUAUUGCUCAAACCGGAACAUCCAACGUUGCAAUGCUUUAGUUAUUCACCGCCCGGCGGAUUGCUUAGCAUGCCAGCUGUGGAGUACUCAAAAUCAUUUAUAACAUCCGUAGUCCUGGGCAAGGAUGUCGUUCCACGCAUUGGUCUCAAUCAAAUGGAGGCUCUACGUGCCGAUCUCAUCAAUGCCAUACAGCGCAGUGUUGAUCCUAAGUGGAAGACCAUCUCGUGCUCGGUCAUCUGCUGUGGCUGUGGUCCCGAGCCCACGUCUGUGGUCAAUAUGUCCGGCCAGGAUACGCACAUCAAUCAAUAUCAGGAGGAACGCGGCACGGCUCGUUCCACCAGCGCACAUCCUACGGACAGCUCAAUAGCUUUAACAUUACAUCAGCCCUUAUAUCCGCCCGGUCGCAUCAUUCACAUUGUGCGGCAUCAUCCCAAGCCAGAUGAGCAAAAAUACGACAGUGGUUGGAGAAAUGUGCUAAAGAGUCGUGAGCCGGUCUAUCAGGCAAUAUGGGCCGAUUCAACCGAUUUCGAUGAGGUGCUCAUAUCACCUGUCAUGCUGCAGGAUCAUAUGCCCGAUAAGGUUCUCGCCGCGCUCAAGAAGGUUGUAACAACGAGUGGUCCACGUAAACCCCAACGCCAGACCUCUAAUGCCUUCUCCACGACAUCGACCGAACAGGAGCCGGAACAUCAGAUAGACAACGCCGACGGUGACGUCCUUCUGACAGGAAAUGGAAAUGGUCAUCAGGAGUUGAGCUUGGAAUCGCAGCAUGGCAAGAGUUCCUGUACGAAUCUCAGCAACUGCAUCAUGUUGACGCCAACGGCACAGCAUAAGCUCUGCCUGGAGACAUCGUUCACCAAUCUGCAGCAGCAGCAGCAACAGCAGCAGCAUCAGCAGCUAGAGCAACGCACCUGGAUGCAACCCGGUGGCAGCAAGGCAUCCUCCAUAGCUGGCAGCAUCUUUGGCCGCAGCCAGUUGAGCUCGACGACAACGCCGUAUGACAUAUCAAGCGUCCUGGACGACAGCAUCACAACGGUGACAACAAUGCGUAAAAGUCCCUGCUCCAUGCUGAGUGAGACGACAACAGUGCUGCUCAAUGCCGAGCCAGGUGCAGGUGGAUCGGGGGAUGUGCCACGGCUCAAAGCGGUUGCAUUUGACAUGGCGCUGACACCACCGCCGUCAGCAUCACAGUCAGCGUCACCGUUACCGUCCCUGCUCCUGCCAUUCUCGGUGCAGCAUCUGUCGCGUCAGCACUCGGAGAAGAAGCCACGUUCCUUGCCAUUGACGCAGGCGUUGCGACGUGCCUCGGUGGCAGGUGGACAGGGUGUUGACCUGCUGCACGACGAUUGGUAUGGAUUGGCGCCACUCGCCAGUCCCGAGACGCUCUCGGAGAUCUCCAGCGUGUCAUCACGCAGCAGUGUGCCCAUUAGUUUGGCCAACAGCAUUGAGCGUUAUCUGCAGCACAUGGGCGUGGCAACAGGAGCGGGAGCAGCCGGAGUCGGAGCUGGUGUGCCCAAAGUGCCGCUGGAGGACAUCUUUGAGUCACAAUUGCAUACGCCUAAAGUGAUGCGACGUGCACCCAAAUUCACGGAGAAUCUAGCCGGCUGUGCCGAGGAUACACGUAAUCUGGAUCAAUACAAGCGUUUAGGUCGUGUCUUUGUCACCUUUCCCCGCAUCUUUCCCGGAGCCGAUGCGUCCUCCUACCACCACCAACAGCAGCAGCUACAGCAACAACUACAACAUGGUUUGGACUCCAAUUCGAGUGAUGACAGCUUCGAGUCGGCACACAGCUUGCAGCGUCUCCAGUUGCCAUCCACAGUGGCAUGCGGUGCCAGCUCCAAGUCGGCUGAUCAGUUGGAUGAAACACACAGCACGUUGCCAGUUCCCGUCAAGAAGUUAACUUUCAGCGAUAGCAAUAUUCUGGCCGACUCCGAGGAUCAUUGUCUGCGCAUCUGCCCGCACUGUCCAUGUCGUCGAUCCGACGGACGUGACUGUUGUAUGCGUUCCGAGCACGAUCAUCAGCAAUGUGCCGCCUUCGGGGAGCAGGUGUCGGGGUCGGCGACGGUCGGCUCCACAGAUACCAACAGUAGCUUCUAUAGCGCCAAUUCGAGCGCAUCGCUGGAACUGUUUGCCACACCAGGACGGCAGAUGCACCAUCUAAAGCUGAAUGGUGGCCAUCUUCUCGAUGAGAUACUCAUACGUCCCGGCGUGCUCGAGUCACAUUUUCCCGUUUUCAGCGGUGCUGCCCUUGGAUCGGCAGCUGGAGCUGAUGGUGAUCCGCCGGAGACGCCGGCAAUUGUGGCGCCAGCAUCGCCAUCACCAUCGCCAAUGAGUAACGGCGGCGGCGGCGGAAAGCGUCCGGAUGUGGUUGGCGGGCGUGUGCGCAAACGUCUGUCCUCCGAGGAGUUUGUAUUCACGCGCACUGAGGAUCUUUCCCAUCUAGUACAAAUCGGUGAUAGAAGCGCUUACGGACAAGGACACGGACACGGCUCGCCGUCCGGCCGUAAGCAGCGACGAGGCUGCUGUGUAUAUCCCGCUGGCAACAAUAUACGCAUUGGCAACACCGAUGUCGAUGCAGUCGCUCCAGCUUCAGGUCCAUCUGCCUCCCCCUCGUCCAUUAGCAAAUUUUCCCGCGCUCGCGUCGCUGCCUCGGCGUCAGCAAAAGCAGCGGCCGCGACAGCGGCAGCGGCAUCAGCUGCUUUAAAUAACGAAAGUAAUGUUUAAUAAUAAAUAUACAUAUGUAUGUACAUAUAUGUAAGAGUAGUUGAAUGCAGUACCUAAGCAACCGCAACCAAAAAUUUAUUGUAUUGUCUUUGCGUUUUACACACAAUAACAACAGCAACAAGAAAUGAAACUAACAUACUGAAAACAACAACAAUUUAGCGUGUCAACAUUGAAAUAAAUGCAAAUUAUUUACAUAUAUUUUUUUGUGCAGCCAGCUGACCAAUUCAGAUGCAGCCCUAACGCAGCAAAAAUUUUAAUAAAAUGUUUUAAAUAAAGAAAAAAAACGUUACGAAAAAUCAA